CCGGGGAUGGUCGGCGGCGAAACAGCUGAUGCAGAGAAGAUGCUGAGUCACUGUGACUGGAAGCCUGCGCGGGCAAGACCUCAACCGCAGCGUCGUGAUCAGUCGUCGCGGUUCCAGUGAAACAGUCGUUACCCUUCUGCGCGCUGCGACUUCCUUGCGACUCCUUUGCGCAGUAGUGUCUGUCACCUCGGUUCGGUUAUCACUGGAAAAGUGCCAAGAGUAGAAUGGCACCUCAGGAGCAUGGCCCCUCCGGCUCUCUCCCAAAUGAUGGCCCGGGGGUUACCUUCACCAUUAAUGACAUUGGUUUCACCGUGGGCGCCGACAUCCCCCCCUGGACCCGCCUGGUGGACUUCCUUCGCGAGCGGGUGAAGCUCCCGGGGACCAAGGCCCUGUGUCGGGAAGGGGGCUGCGGCGUCUGCACCGUGGUGGUCACCGUCCCCGACCCCGAGACGGCAGGGAGGACCAAGACCUACAGCGUCCAGUCGUGCCAGGCCCUGCCCUCCUGUUCCGGCUGGACCAUCGAGACGAUCGAGCACCUCGGGAACCGCUUCACCGGCUACCACCCCCUCCAGACGGCGCUCCACGGCUUCUACGGGACCCAGUGCGGUUUCUGUUCCCCCGGGAUGAUUAUGACGAUGUAUGGACAGCUGAAGAGCAGCGGCAGCCUGACGGCGGAGCAGGUGGAGAAGUCCCUGGACGGGAACCUGUGCCGCUGCACCGGCUACCGCCCCAUCCUGGACGCCUUCAAGUCGCUCGCCGUGGACGGAGCCCCGGAACUCAAGGAGAAGCUCGCCGACAUCGAGGAAGCCUACAAAGGAAUGUGCAAGACGACCGGCAAAGCUUGCGGAGGAUGCAAGAAGGACGGCAAAGGCUGCGGCAGGAAGGCGGGCCAGGGCCUCCCCAAGGUCGAGAGGGCCCUCCACCUCUCCUUCGGCGACACCCACUGGUUCCGCCCCGUCAGCCUCGACGGCCUGUACGGCGUCCUAAGCAGGAUGGGUCGCACAGAUAAGGUCAGAAUCGUCGUUGGUAACACUGGAGCAGGCGUCUUCAAGAACGACGGGCCCUACGCGGCCUACGUCAGCACGUCCGGCAUCAGGGAGCUGUACAGCACGCGCGUGGGCUCGCCGCUGGAGAUGGGCGCCAACGUGUCCCUGACGCGCGCCAUCGAGAUCUUCGAGCACAUGGCGGCCAGCGACCCCGACUUCCACCACCUCAAGGCGCUCGCCGACCACUGGAAGGUCGUGGCCAACGUCGGCGUCAGGAACGCAGGCUGUUGGGCCGGAAACCUGAUGCUGAAGCACGCCCACAUGGGCUUCCAGUCCGACAUUUUCCUGACCCUGCUGGUAGCCGGCGCUGAACUGACCCUUGGCCACGCCCACGACGGCUCCACCUCGCAUAUCGACCUCGAGCAGUUCCUCCAGACGGACAUGUCCCGCAGCGUCAUCCUCUCCGUCAGCAUCCCGCCCGCCAGCGCCAACACCAAGGUUCGCACGUUCAAGAUCACUCCGAGAGCAGUCAACGCACACGCCUACGUGAACGCCGCCUUCAAGAUGGAGGUGGACCCAGAGGACGGGUUUAAGGUCCUAAAUAAACCCACAAUUCUGUACGGCGGAAUCAACCCUGAGUUCAUUCACGCCUCGCAGACGGAGGACUUCCUGACGGGGCGCCGCCUCACGGACUCGGAGACGGUGCUGGAGGCCGCCAAGCUAGUCGGGCAGGAGGUCAAGCCAGACAGCCACCCGCAGGACGCGACGCCGGCCUACAGGACCUCGCUGGCACAAAGCCUGCUCUACAAGACGAUCGUGGGCAUCCUAGGCGACCGCGUCCCGGCGAGCAUUCGCAGCGCAGGACCCAACAUCGAGCGUCCGCUUUCCUCCGGCAAACAGACCUUCGACAUGAACAGAGAGUCCUGGCCCAUCGGCGAGCCUGUGCCCAAGCUGGAGUCCGCGGCGCAGAUUUCAGGUGAGGCUGUGUACCUGGACGACGUUCCCGCUCUGCCCAACGAGCUGCACGGCGCCUUCGUCCAAUCAGCUGAGGCCAAUGCGCGUAUAAGUUCCAUUGACACGACAGAGGCAAUGAAACUGCCGGGAGUGCUGUCCUUCGUGAAGGCGGAGGACAUACCAGGCAAAAACAGCUUUGUUGGUACUAUGGGACGUUUUCCAGACCCGGUGUUCGCAGAAGAACGCACCAAGUACGCUGGCCAGCCUCUUGGCCUUAUGGUGGCCCGAGACCGCGACACGGCCGUGCGCGCCGCCAAGAUGGUGACGGUGCAGUACGAGGACGUGAAGAAGCCCAUUCUCACGAUCAAGGAGGCCAUCAAGGAGAACAGGGUCAGCGUUGGCAUCGAUAUGUUUACAGGGAAGGAGGCGACGGCGACCCUUGGCAACGCUGACGGAGCUCUGGCGGAAGCCGCCCAUACGCUGAAGGGCGACCUGAGUAUGGGGACACAGUACCACCUGAACAUGGAGGCUCACGCCGCCAGGGUCAUCCCGACGGAGGACGGCUGCGACGUCUUCUGCACGUCGCAGUGGCCCUCCGAGACCCAGGCCACCACCGCGCAUGUGCUGGACAUUCCGGCCAACAACAUCAACGUGUCCGUGAAACGCAUCGGCGGCGGCUACGGCUCCAAGAUCAGCCGCCAGCACGUGGUUUCGACGGCGGCUGCGGUGGCCGCGUGGAAGCUGCGGCAGCCGGUGCGCGUGGUGGUCGACCUCAACACCAACAUGACCUACGCCGGGUGGCGGGAACCCUACCUCGCCCAGUAUGAAGUCGGGUUCGACGACUCCGGAAAAAUCACGGCCCUGAAGAUGGACCUGACGACGGACGCGGGUCACGCGGCCAACGAGCCCUCCGUGAUGUUCCUGGGGGGCGCCGUCCAGAGCGCCUAUUACAUCCCUAACCUGACGUUCACGCCCAAGAUCGCCACCACGGACACCGCCGCCAACACUUGGUGCAGGACGCCGGGCCACGUGGAGGCCAUCGCGGCCAUCGAGAACGUGAUGGAGCACGUGGCCAGCUACCUGAAGAAGGACCCGCACCAAGUGCGCAUGGUCAACAUGGUUCCCCCGCAGGUGCCCCGCAUCCAGGCGCCGCCCCACGAGAGGAACGUCGCCAAGGAGGACAUCCUGCCGAUGCUGCUGCAGGAGGGCGAGGUGCACGCCCGCAUUGCCGCCGUCGCCGAAUUCAACAAGAGCAACCGAUGGAAGAAGCGCGGCCUGAGCGUGCUGCCCCUGUGGUACGCCUUCGACUACCCGUCCAUGUUCCGCUACGGCAUGCAGGUGGCCAUCUACGAGUACGACGGCACCGUGGCGGUCUCCCACGGCGGCAUCGAGAUGGGUCAAGGGAUCAAUACCAAGGUGGCCCAGGUGGUGGCGUAUACCCUGGGCGUGCCCCUCGAGCAGGUGGUUGUCAAGGCUUCGGACACCAUGGUGGGCGCCAACUCCUUCGUGACGGGCGGCUCCUUCGGCACGGACCUGUGCGCCCAUGGCGUGAGGAAAGCGAGCGCCGCCCUCAGGGAGAGGAUGGACGUGGUGAAGGAGAAGAUGGAGAAGGAGACGGGCAAGAGUCCUUCGUGGCUGGAGCUGGUCAAGAAGUGCCACCAAGAGGACGUCGACCUGUGCGAGAGAUACUGGACCGCAGGGAAGGAGCAUCCUGAACGCUACGAUAUCUGGGGCGGCUGCUGCCUGGAGUGGAGUGGACGUCCUCACGGGAGUUUAUCUGAUCCGCCGCGUGGACCUGAUCGAGGACUGCGGCCGAAGCAUGAGCCCCUACGUGGACGUGGGGCGAAGAUGAGGCUCGUUCGUGCGUGGGGGUGCGGGUCUUCCUCUCCGAGGGUGUCAAGUGUCAACCAAAAGGCUCUCCAACGGGCAACUUGGGUGAGAGCCUCUUCGGAUGACUUGAGUUGA